CAAAUCUCGAAUUCAACCAUUGGUAGUCAGCUCUGAUGUAACCUGGAAAAGUUGUUUAUGGCCGACCGAUGUUCGUCGUGUUGUGUCUUGUGUGUGCCUUGUUCUUAUACUAAUAGGGAGGGAAGAAGCUGUCACUACUUGUUGACAAGCUUUUGAAGUUAAAAAUUAUUUCGAUUUCCUUCACGGUAAAGAAGCAAAAUGGCAUCGUGCUUAGAAAACAUCCAAAUCCCGAGCUGCGUGUGGUUUGAAAGCGGCGAGAAGAGGAAUGCCCUGGCUUCGAUGCUAGCUGGAACCUUUUUCUUCUUGGGAUGGUGGUUCAUAAUUGAUGCUCAUGCAAAGUAUCCACUAGAAAUGUCAAAUGCUUACCACGUAUGUGGUAUUUUUGGAACCAUGUCAUUAUUAAUGGUUAAUUCAGUGACUAAUGCCCAAAUUAGAGGUGAUGCUUACAAUGGUGGUUGCCUAGGACCUAGAGGAGCCAGAGGUUGGCUCUUCAUUGGGCUUGUCAUGGGUUUUGCUGCUGUCAUUGCAGCUUGCUGGAUUCUGUUUGCUGACUUUGUUGCCGCUGAUGUGCAACAUCAUUGGCCUGGAGUCGGUUUGUUCUUGCAAAAUGUAUUUAUCUUUUUGGGAUCAUUGACAUACAAAUUUGGACGCUCAGAGGACCACUGGGCCUAAAUGAUUGUUUUAGCUAACAAAUAUUUAUUUCUCUCAAGAUAAAUAAUGUAUAAAAGUAUUCCCUGAUGAGUAUCAUCUGUUUUUGAUGUAUAUAUACAUGCGUAAAAAUAUAUUAUUGUUUUUAAGCUUUUCUACAAGUUCGAUGGAAUAUACAAUUUCUACAUGAUACUACAAAUAUAUGUGAAAAUAUGUCUAACAACGAUAUUAAUUAAUAUCUUUUGUCAAUUUACAUUUAUUUAAACACUCAAAGACUACAAGAUAUUCAACUAAUACAUAAUUUGAAUGGAUGUAAAGUAUUUGUAAUUUAAAGUUUACAAUUUAAAUAAAGUAUGUUUGUUUUAACAA